GACAGAAAAAAUCUCUAACAUUCACUUUUCAUCCCAAUCUUCAUUUCUUGAUACUGGCAUUUCAUAGAAAUGCAGACCGUUCCAUCAGUAAGCAGCUUCAGCAUCGGUCUAUCUCCCCAUUUCAAGAAUCUGAAGAAUCCCUUUCCUUCAUUCUCGAAAAUUUCUUCCUCUUCCUGUUCCCCUCCCCACGGAUCAGUGUUUUGUAGGGCUAGUCAAGUGGCCGACUUGUUUCCAACCGUGUCUCCCGAAAUUGUUGUUCGAGAGGCGAGGUCAGAGGACUGCUGGGAAGUGGCUGAGACUCACUGCAGUUCCUUCUUCCCUAAAUUUCGGUUUCCUUAUGAUUAUUUGUUGAGAAUUAAUCGAGCCAUUGGAAUGUUAUUUGGAUACUCGAUGCCAAAUGGCUGCAACAGAACUUGCCUUGUUGCUGUAAUUGGAAGUUCUGAUCAAGAUGCAUCCUUUUCAGUGAAUGAUGACUUCAAAAUUGGAGUUUUUGAUGGAAUGUUUAGUCUAAACAGGGGAUAUGUAGCCGGGAUAUUGACCGUGGAUACUAUCGCUGAUUUUCUUCCACGAAAAGGUCCCCUGCAGCAGAGAAGGACAGGAAUUGCGUAUAUAUCAAAUGUUGCUGUCCGAGAAAGAUACCGUAGAAUGGGAAUUGCGAAAAGACUGAUAGCUAAAGCAGAGGCAACAGCCAAAAGCUGGGGGUGCCAUGCCAUUGCAUUACACAGUGACCUUAACGAUCCCGGUGUCACAGAGUUGUAUAAAGGGCAGGGGUUUAAGUGCAUUAAGGUGCCAGAAGGAGCGAAUUGGCCCCAGCCGAGAAGUUCACGCAUUGUCCAGUUCAACUUCAUGAUGAAGCGCCUGAAUCCACCCAUCAAGUCUCAGAUUGCAUAAAACAACUACAUUUCAACUUGAGACAACUAUGAAAUUCUCAGCCUGAUACGAACAUCUUUGAGAAUCCGACGACUGGUUUACGUGCCCUAUUCCUAGUUACCAAGAAACUCUCUACUGCAGUGCUCCUAUAAUGGCCAAGUUGGUUAGACCAAUGACAAGCCCUCUUGGGUCGGAUGAAUAUAGCUUGUAAAUGAAAGAAGGGUAAAAAUUCUUGUGUUUGUGUCUCUCUGUGUAAAUAGAUAAGUUGCAACUUGUGGAAUACAAGUAUUGUGGCAGUUGAUGUUAAAUAUGAUCAAUUAGUCCAAACAUUAUAUUGGAUAGCUGGACACUACAGUGACCAAAAUUUUAGCUUAUUUUCUUUGUUAACCGUUGAGUAAACAAGUAUUAUAUAAUGUACCUUGCUCAUCGGGUUCAUGUUUUUCCAGCUGCUUGCCACAAGAUAUAUUAGAUCUUUUAUAUU